GUAGGCCAACUUGACAGGGACCUCAAGCGUAGGCUGAUUCUGUUGACCAUUCUUCAUUAAUCUCGUUGGUUCGUGCUUUAAGCUGAUUAAUGUCCGAUCUGCUGCCCACGCGCAGCCGAAAGUAUUUGUUUUUUCCCCCCCAAGUGGUCUCGCGCGCAGUUUAAAGUGCGUCUGCACGUAAUUCUUUCACUUGUACGGAAUAUUAAAAGGCUCAGUCCAGCGCGUGAUACCCAAGUUAAAAGUGUCAUAAAACAGUCGGACCUCUAAUCGGGUUUUCUGGUCGCCAGACGCAUCUCAAUAAAUGGAGAACUUGGAUAAAUGUUAUUUUAGGGAAUGAGAACUCUGUCAAUUUAAUAUCGCACUAGUUAUUUUGUAUUCGCUGCAUAUUAAACCAGAGCAUUAUGUUUUUGAAUUUGGUGCUUCCACUUAUGGCUACCCUUUUGACAACAGGUGUUCAUGGUCAGAUGGUCCAGAUGGACAGCAGUAAGUCAGGAUUUGUGGGCUCACAGGUAGAGCUAAGCUGUCAGUUUGUCAACAGCAACCCACCUGUAAAGAUCUCCCAGGUCACAUGGCAGAAAUUAGUAAAUGGCAUCAAGCAAAAUGUGGCCAUCGCCAAUCCUGCCCUGGGUGUGUCAGUGCUGCCACCCUUCAAAGAGCGUGUGCGCUUCAAAAACCCUGCUGUUCACCAGCGCACGCCUUCUCUGGAGGACACCACCAUAGUCUUUAACAAACUAAGACUGUCUGAUGAAUCUACCUAUAUCUGCGAGUACACAACCUUCCCAGCAGGCAACAGGGAGAACAUGGUCAAUCUCACUCUUUACGCUCGCCCUAUGAUCCAGAUGAGUCUUUCCACGCCCUCUAUAGUUGCGGGAUCCAAAGACCUGAAAAUGACUGUUGCCACAUGCGUUUCAGCCAAUGGGAAGCCCCCCAGUGUGAUCACAUGGGAAACUGAAUUGGAUGGAGAAUCCAACACCCAGGAGAUCCGCAACCUUGAUGGGACCGUCACAGUACGCAGCGAUUACUUGGUGGUUCCCAGUCGAGAAAUACACCAACAGCCGCUCACCUGCGUCUGCACAUAUAAUGACGAACAAUUCACAGAAAGUGUAAUGCUCAACAUUCAGUAUGAACCAGAGGUGGUAAUAGAGGGUUUUGAUGGGAAUUGGUAUUUGAACAGAGAAAACGUUCAGCUCACUUGCCUGGCUGAUGCCAACCCACCAAUCUCUUUGUUUCAGUGGAGAUACUUGAAUGGUUCUCUGCCGACUACAGUGGAGGUUCGAGAUGACGUGUUGAUGUUCAAAGAACCUGUUACCUAUGACAUUGCUGGCACGUACAUUUGUGAUGCCUCCAACACCAUUGGGACAGGAUCUGCAUCCAUUGAGGUCACCGUCACAGAAAAUCCCCUGCCAUUGAGUUCCGCAGACAGGGUGAUGGGUGUCCUUGGAUGGGUGAUUGCCCUGGGCAUCAUACUCAGUAUUGCAGGCACAAUAUACUUGGUCAACAAACAGCAGCAGCACAAGCACGCAGGGUCGGACAAUGGCUCGGAUAGUUCUACCCCAGUCCACAAAAAGACUUCCUCCUCAAAAAAGAAGACAGCUGAUGACUUCCAGAGCCCCGGGAGGUUCUAUGAAGAGCUCCCGAACACCGCCGACUAUGUGAGUUACCGUUUGGCAUGUAACAAAGAGGAUUAUUUGGAACAGCACUCUCCGCCCAUUCAACCUCCUUUAACCUUCCUGCCCCAAAAACCAUACACUCAACAUAGCAACAAGUCCGCUGUAUUUACCUACCCAACUCCCCCUGGCCCCAUCCCCUCAUACACCUUUCCUAAAGAGCAGUAUGUAUGAAUAAAUCUGUAACCUCUCUCUUUUUCAUUCUUUAUUCAGUUGCUUUGGUGAUUGUGUACUUUUGAUAUUUAACCAUUUCUCUCUUUUUUCAUAUUUUUUAUAUUGUGUUCUAUCUGCAAACUUAAAAAAAAAAAAAUUGUCUAAGCAUAACUGGAUUUGCAUGCAUUUUUUCUUUUUUUAAUAAUGUUGCCUAGAUUUAAUAUGUAAAUAAUUACAGAUUGAAGCAUCAGAGUAGAUUUUGGUUGUACUCAACAAAUAUGAUUCUGAUCUUCUCAAAGAAGUCAUUGAUCUUUAUAUCCCAUUUACUAGUGCAGGCCUGUAUUGUUUAUUGUUUUCUGUAAAGUUAUGCAUUACCCUUAUUGUUUUAUGUCAUUCUGGAUUUGUUCAGUAUUCUUUGAAAUUUUCAACAGGUCUUGUCUGUUUGCUGUUUUCAUAAUAGUGAAACUUAAGAUAUUGAAAAUGACAUGAUUAUGACCAAUACUUAAAAAAAAAAAUCUGUCUGUGAAAUGUGUUUAUAUAUAUAAUUUUUUUUUGCAUCUUUAAGGUGUAAAUGCUGUAUGUAUAUACAGUAUGUGAACUUUUUUUUAUAUGUACUCCAGCAAAUUCCAGGUAAUAUAUUUAUUUAGAAUGGUAAUUUGUCCUUUAUUACUGUUUAUAUUAUGCUUAGUGACAUUCAUGCAAAAUGGUACCAGGUACUUCCAUAAUCUGUAAUUGUAAUACGUACAUAAAGAGUAUUUAUAUAGUGUAUAGAGCACAAGGCAGUGUACAGAAAUUUGAUGGGUUACAUGAUAUAUUUGUGUUUUGUAACUUUGACCAGCUGAUAUUAAAGGGAUAGUUCACCCACAAAUGAAAAUUCUCUCAUCUAUUCACUUUCAUGCCAUCCCAGAUGUGUAUGAUUUAGUUUCUUCUGCUGAACACAAACAAAGAUUUUCAGAAGAAUAUUUCAGCUCUGUAGGUCCUCAAAAUUCAAGUGAAUCAUGACCAGACGUUUCAAGCUAGAAAUAUCAUAUGAAAGGCAGCAUAAAAGUAAUCCAUAUGACUCUAGUAGUUUAAUAUGUCUUCUGAAGCUAUGCAAUCACUUUGGAUGAGAGACAGAUCAAUAUUUCAGUUCCUUUUUAACUAUAAAUUACUUGAAUGUGAAAGUAAAAUUGGAGAUUUAUAGUAAAAAGAGGACUUAAAUAUAGAUUUUUUUCUCACCCACACCUAUAAUGCUACUGAAUACAUUGAUUUAAGCACUGAAGUCAUAUAGAUUACUUUUAUGCUGCCUUUAUGUGAUUUUUGGAGCUUCAAAGUUCUGGCCACAAUUCUUUUUUAUUGUAUGGACCUACAGAGCUGAACUAUUCUAAAAUCUUCAUUUGUGUUCAUCAGAAGAAAGUCAUACACAUCUGGGAUUGCAUGAAAUUGAGUAAAUGA